AAACGUCACACGGGAACCACGGAAAGACCCAAAACAAUCUGAGGAGCUGCUUGCAUGUGAAAGAGAAAAACAACACGACUUCACUAUGAGGCUGAUGUGGUACUGCGGGGCCUUUCUGCUCUCACUCUUCCUUUCCCGAUCCUGUCACGGAGGUAACAUCCUGGUCUUUCCGAUUGAAGGCAGUCACUGGGUGAACAUGGACAUCCUUAUGCGAGAGUUGCACUCGCAAGGACACAACUUGACCAUUGUACGACCCAGCAAGACGUGGUACAUGAAGGACAACGCCUCCUACUUCAACACGAUUAGCGUUCCUGUGGAAAGGAGCUUGGACAAAGACUUCAUCACCGGCUUGCUUUAUGAGGUAAUUGAAUACGAAAGGGGCUCUCUGCCCCUGGUGACAUUUCUUCACAUGAGUGUGGGAAUGUUUGGGAUGUUCAUGGAAGCUCACCAGAUGGUGGGUGAGUUCGCCACAGCGAUUCUCGACGACAAAGACUUAACGAAGAGAUUGAAGGACAGCAACUUUGACCUGAUUCUCAGCGACCCCGCCUGGGCCGGAGGUGUUAUUGUGGCCAAAUAUUUGAACCUUCCUUUGGUCUACAAUGUCCGCUGGCUUAUCGCCACUGAGGGCCACAUCACCAUUGCGCCAUCACCACUUUCUUACAUUCCCAUUACGGGAACUGGUAAUACCAACAAGAUGAGCUUUCUUCAAAGAGUCAAAAACGUGAUUGUGUUUCUGGUCGGCUAUACACAACAUAUUCUGGUCAUUAAGAACGUGUACCAGAAGAUUUGUGACAAGUAUCUUGGACCUGAUAUCGACAUGCACCAUUUGCUUGCUUCUGCUGACCUGUGGCUCAUGAGAGUAGACUUUGUUUUUGAGUUUCCACGCCCUACCAUGCCCAAUGUUGUCUACAUUGGAGGCUUCCAGUGUAAACCAGCCAAGCCUCUACCUGACCACUUGGAAGAGUUUGUUCAGAGUUCUGGAGAACAUGGAGUCAUCCUUAUGUCUCUGGGAACAUUUGUGACCGAACUCCCGGUUGACUUGGCUGAAAAGAUUGCAGCGGAUUUCGCCAAACUCCCUCAGAAAGUCAUCUGGCGGUAUAAAGGUGCUAAACCUUCUACUCUGGGCAACAACACUCUAAUCGUGGACUGGAUGCCACAGAACGACUUGCUUGGACAUCCCAAAAUUAAACUCUUCGUGGCUCAUGGCGGGACAAAUGGCAUCCAGGAAGCGAUCUACCAUGGAGUUCCAGUCGUGGGAAUACCCUUAUUUUUCGACCAACAUGACAACCUGCUGCGUCUCUCUGAAAGAGGGGCGGCCAUUGUGGUUAUGUUAGCCUUAGUGGACAAAGAUGACAACUUUCUGAAGGCCAUACAGGAAGUUAUUGCCAAUCCGACCUACAAAAACAACAUGGAGAGGCUGUCCAGGCUGCACAAAGAUAAGCCCAUCCCACCACUUAAAAAUGCUAUCUUCUGGAUUGAGUUUGUCAUGAGGCACAAAGGCGCAGCUCACUUGAAAACCGACUCCUACAAACUGCCCUGGUACAUCUACUAUUCUUUAGAUGUGUAUCUGUUCCUUACUGCAGCUUUGCUGGCUCUGUUUUUAGCACUUUUUAUCACAAUCAGGUGCAUGUGCUCUGCUUUAUGUAGGAGGAAAGUCAAACGUGAGUAGAUGUAUCUCUUUAUAUUUUAAUACAUGUAGCGUAAGGCCCUGCUUACUUAUGAUUCAGUGACUAUGUUCACAUGGACACAUUUAUUCGAAUUAAAAGCCCAAGUAUCGUAAUUUCCCGAAUAUAAGGCGCACCCGUGUAUAAUGCGCACCCCAAAUUUAUUUGUAAAAUCUAGGGAAAAUUAUUGUACCCGUUUGUAACGCGCACCCUAAUUUUAGCACCAAUAAAUAGAAGAAUACAAGAAAACAGAGCUCGUGUACAGAUACAGAAAUGCCAUUUUAAUGACUGGUGAAACACAGCACAAGCAUAGCACAUUGGUAGUUCAAAACAUUGCCAUAAACAGACAAUAUUUAUGGUAAUAAUAUGAUUUGACAACUUCUCCAACUUACCAGAAUCUAGGAGAAAACAAAACAGAUGUGACUUUUCUUUUAACCCUUAGAUGCACAAGUGACUGGACCCUACACUCUUCCAUAAGUGGGUCAAAAAUGACCCAUAUUGGAACCAAUGUAUUUUUAUGCCAUUUUGGUGAAGAAUAAUCACUUGUAUAUUACUUAGUAUGAUAUUUAGGGCCACACAAGAAUGAUUUCAUGCUUGAAAUAUCUUUAAGAUUCAAUUAACAUAAAAAAAAACUUCAUCCUUCCUUGUAUUUUAUUAUCAUUGAUGAAGAGCUCCCAUACAUCUUUUUGGUGAGACAGCGGUGCUAAGCCCUUGUGGAGGCACUGACCAAUUUCUAAGGAUAUUGUGGCUCUGUGUUUUGCCCUGGGUGGGAGGUAAUUCUCUCUAGUAAGAGCCUUACCAACUCGUUCUGUUGGCAAUGAUUUGGACACUUUCUUCUUCAGAGGGCACAUAAUUGGAAUCUUAUGAGCCAGAUUGAUCCUGUUCAGUUGGAUUUCCAGGUCAAGUCCCCCAAAUUGGGAUUCAUACAGCAAUUAACAUCAGCAAAGAGCGAGAGAGACAGGGUGCUAAGUAAGCGGUGCAGCUGUGCAUUAGCGUUAGCGCCUAGCUUGAACGCGGCUUUUGGGGAAGGAGCGGGCUUGACAACAGUCAUAAAAGAAUAAAAUGGGUUGAAAAUAAGCCUGACAAUGCUCGGUUUUCUCUCUGCUCCAGUGCUCCUGCGCAUGCGGGCCAGUUUGCUCAGCGCAUCUCAGACUGCGAAUUAGAGCGCUGUGUGAUACUUGAACAGGCUCAAUGGACAAAGGCAGUCUGAAAGGGUACGCUAAAAAAACAAAUAUGACAAAAAUAUCGGAAUUGUGCAUUAGGACCUGCGGUAUCAACCUAGCCUUAGUUAGCUAGCUAGUUAUGAAGUAGGUUAUUUUGUUGAUAAAUAAUAAUAAAGAGUCAUGAAAGACACGCACACAAAAUACUAUAUGGACAUAAUGCUUACAGUACACGUAUCAGCUUGUGCUGUGUAAAAUAAUCUUCUUAAGGGAUGUCACUUUUUACAUACCUAGUCUGUGUGGUCCACGGUAAAUUUAUUCAUGACAGCCAAAGUUGAUAAGAAUGAAAGAUUCCCAUUGGAUUCCAUAGAAAAUGCAUGUGGGUCAUUUUUGACCCGCUUGUGGAAGCUUAGGGUAGUAAUACAUAAAUGACAAUUUCUUAAAAUGUAUAAAAAGUUCAUCAAAAAUUUGAAUGGCAUUAUAUCAAAAACAUUUUUGAGGAAUACCUGGAAUAUGAAUUGAUAACAAUUUUUCAUUCCGAAGAAAUUUCAAGAUAACAACCUCAGCGGGUCAUUUUUGACCCACUUAUGCAUCUAAGGGUUAAAGGCUGCUGUAUAACUUGCUCGUUUCAUCAUGAUGAAUAAAUGUUUCUUCCAUGGAUUGAUACGGUAAAAUGAAAGUGAGAACGUAAGUCGGAAAUCCGAGAGCGCUCAUCGCUGUCGACAUGACAGUAACAAUAGGAACUAUUGUUAUUUGGGUUUGAGUUUCACAAGGGACACAUAGGCUAUAGUUGACGGACACACGAACUCUGUGUUGUAUUACGUUUGUUAUGGUUCGAGUUGCCGAGUUGCAACAAACGUUGACUCAAAUGAGUUCAAGAAACUAAAUUCUGUGCUUUAUGAAAAGUGAAAAAAGCAGAAUUUAACACAGACGAAAUCAUUCGACCAAUCAGUGUGGUAUUACCGAAACAAAAUGGUGACGUCAUGUACCGUAAUGGUCGGCAACGGAUCGCCGCAUAUGUUUUCUUCAACACAACAUGGCCGUGUCAAUAAAAAAAAUCUGUCUUUAAAUAUACAGUAUAUAUAUAUUUCGUUCUCCAUCCAUGUACCCGUGUAUUAAUGCGCACUCAUGAUUUUUCAAGUUGAUCUUGGGAAAAAAGUGCGCGUUAUAUUCGGGAAAUUACGGUAAUACAAAUGCUUCAUGUACACACCCCAUUCGGGAAUAUUAUGACCCGACCAAGCCCUUUCUGAUCAAGAUUUUAUUCCGAACGAGAGGGGUAGUUUAUUUUGAUCUAUAGUCCGAUUAGCGUGCAAGAAAACACUUACUCCAAAAAUCCAUAGAGUAUCGCGCAUGUCUGUGAAUUUAGUGUCUGUUAUUCCUUGAAGCUAGAAGAAUUUGAGUGAAUGAAAGACAAGGCGGGCGCUAAACAGAUCUGGUCUGUAUCUGAGACGAACACGUUGCUGAAGAUACUAAACAGACUUGCUGGUAAAAAACAGGAAAAAUGUGCAAAUUAACGCGAAUGUUUAAAGUGCAAAUGCGAUGCUUUGUUGACAGGGAAGUCGCCAUGCUUUCUUUUACUACUAUUUCCGGUACAUUAGAUCAAUUUGUGCAUUUCAAAAUAAUUUGUCCUGAUUAAAAGUGUGAUGCAUGACCACACAAGUACUAAUCAGAUCAAUAUUUUUAGUGUGGAUGAAAACAGUGCAUCUGAUCAUAAUUAUAAUCUGAACUCUGGUUGGAUUAAAAAAAAAAUGUUGUCCAUGUAAGCAUAGCCACUGUUCACAAAUGCACCUACAGCACUCGUAAUUUCUUUCCCCAACAACUUAAAUGCCCCAGGCCACCAUACGUAUGUUGUUGGCACUUGGCAGUCAAGAAAACAAGUUGGCAAUAUUUUCAAGAUUAUGCAAAAAAGCAUUUGAUUUACCUUAUUUAAAUUACCACGUAAUCUCCUGGUUACAGCUAGUUGUCAACAGUGCUGUAAAGGCCAAAGACAUAAUAUAUAUAGUCUGUUUAUGCACUAUGCAUUCUAUGCUCAUUAAAAAAAAAAAAAAAAAAAAAAAAAAAAAAAAUUGAUGCAUGCUUUGAUGCCUCAGCGAGGCAAAAAGUGUAAAACGGCUAAUAGGAAGGUAGUUUUUUUCAUUUCAAAACUGGUGCAUAUACACAGAGCUAUCACUUUGAUAUAAUUCUAUCAAUAACCAAUUUACUAUAAUUUUAGUUUUGAACAAUUUUAUAGCAUUUUUUUGAAUGAUAUUUUGUGUGGUUUUUUUGUACAUUUAUCUUAAAAAAUGGGAGUCUAAAAAUGGCAGUCACUGUCAGUGUUGUUAAUAACUGAGUUAAAUUAUAAUGGCGUUACUAACGGCGUUAUUUUUUUCAGUAGUGAGUAAUCUAAUUAAUUACUUUUUUCAUCUUGGCAUCGCUGUUACCGUUACUGAGGAUGGAAAGGCGUACGUUACUAUAUUGGUUGAAUGACACGCGAAAAGUCUGAGGGAGACGGACUCACCGAGACGACAGAGCAGAGCAGGAGUGGGGUGGAGGCAAAAAAGUUGUGACGCGGAGCAAAUGCGUUGCUAGGUGGCUCCAGUAAUACCUGUAGCCGAUAGCCUACAAAGUACGCCCACAUGAUAGGGUAGACAUGGUAGAUAUCACAUACAGUAUAUUUAGAAGUAGAUCCGAAAUGACAGACACGGCGGCGUUAGCAACAUUUACAGUAUAGGAACUAGAUGCGUUAGUAAACAACCGCCAUCUUAAAGCAGUAGACUUCUUGGGAAGGCUCUGUUGUAGAGAACCUUCCUAGCGAACCUAAGUAACUUUUUAUCUAAAAUACUCCUAAAUUGGCAAAAUCUUGACUUGAAUCUAUCUUUAAAUGAUGAAACAGUUUAAAACACAUGUCAAAAGUAGACAGAAGGGAACUAAUGCAAUAAUGGAAGCAAUUUUAACAACUUUGAACGGUUGAUUCGGGGUAAAGGGUAAAUUAGGGUAAAGAAUUGGGCUUUUUUGAGGGGAAAAAAACAAAACAUGAAAAUUAUCACCAGUAACUUUGCCAAGUCACUAAUUACUUUUACAUUCAGGUAACUGAGUUACUAACGCAAUUACCGUAAUUUCCCGAAUAUAAGGCGCACCCGUGUAUACCGCGCACCCCAAAUUUACUUGUAAAAUCUAGGGAAAAUUAUUGUACCGGUGUAUAACGCGCACCCUAAUUUUAGCACCAAUAAAUAGAAGAAUACAAGAAAACAGAGCUCGUGUACAGAUACAGCAAUGUCAUUGUACUGACUGGUAAACACAGCACAAGCAUAGCACAUUGGUAGUUCAAAACAUUACCGUAAACUGACAAUAUGUACGGUAAUAAUAUGAUCUGAUAACUUCUUCAACUUACCAGAAUCCAUGAGAAAACAAAACAGAUGUGACUUUUCUUUUAAAGGCUGCUGUAUAACUUCCUCGUUUCAUCAUGAUGAAUAAAUGUUUCCUGCAUGGAUUGAUACGGUUAAAAUGAAAGUGAGAACGUAAGUCGGAAAUCCGAGAGCGCUCAUCGCUGUAGACACGUCAGUAACAAUAGGAACUAUUGUUAUUUGGGUUUGAGUUUCUCGAGGGACAGAUAUAGUUGACGAACACGGGAAGUCUGUGAUGCAUUACGUUUGUUAUGGUCCGAGUUGCGGAGCUGCAAUAAACGUUGACUCAAAUGAGUUCAAGAAACUAAAUUCUGUGCUUUAUUAAGAGUGAAAAAAGCUGAAUUUAACACAGACGAAAUCCUUUGACUGAUCAGAGUGAAGUAUUACCGAAAUAAAAUGAUGACAUCACGUACUGUAAUGGUCGGCAACGGAUCUCCGCAUACAUUUCUUCAACACAACAUGGCCGUGGCAAUAAAAAAAAAAAAAAUCGGUUAUAUAUAUAUAUAUAUAUA